GUGCCCGUGCUCGUAGAUGCUCCAGCUGAGGGAGCCGGUCCGAGCCGUGUUAAGUGCGCGACCAUACCGGGAGCAAGGGCGCCUCCGAGAACUGACCACGUCGUCGCACUGUAGAGCGCGGGACCAUACCAGUGCCUGCAAGACGAAAAGGAGUUGCAGCACUGCCGCUGCUGUGCACCGACGGCCACUUUCCGAGCAAGUUGACGAAGCACCACUCAGAGCUCUUCUUCGAAGGCGAACCAGCGGCACAAGGCAAGCGCGCUUGAUGAAUUCAAUCAUUCCAGUUGCUCAUCGUUUGGAUACUGUCCGGUGUUUUAUGGCUUUGCGUAACGUGCUGUCUUUGUUUAGUGCAGUGCGUAUUAUUGUUUGGCGGCACGUCAUUUCGUGGAGAAUUGUUAAACAUGCUUGUUAAAAUUGUAAGUGGUGAAAAAAAAAAGUCCCUCACUUCGGUGAUAUGAAAAAUCUACACAACUUGCCGUCUCAGUGGCCAAUUUUCCCACUAAGUGCGCUGCUCUAGAAACGUGCUAAAGGAAAAGGAACGCGUAGGUCACACUGUUAAUAUAAAUAUCGCAGUUACAUUUUGGACACCGUCGCCUCUGCGCCUAAUUGUACUUUGUCAGUGUUUUCCCAGGUGCUCUCGAAAACAACAUUGCCGGCCACCUAUACUAUGGUUCUUAAGAUGGUCGUUUAUUACCUGGCGGCUUUUCUACUCGCUUCGGUGGCUGCGAUAUGUCCGAAGUCGAAUCCAAACAUUGUGUUCUUCCUUGCCGACGACUUGGGAUGGUCAGACGUGAGCUUCCAUGGCUCCUCUCAGAUCCCGACACCCAACUUGGAUACCUUGGCUGCCGAUGGUGUGAUACUGAACAACUACUAUGUCCAGCCGCUCUGCACUCCAUCAAGGGCUGCCCUCAUGACGGGUCUUUAUCCGAUACGCACAGGUAUGCAGGGUUAUCCCAUUGGUAUAGCUCAGCGGUGGGGGCUGCCUGAGAACGUGCGCAUUAUGCCUCAGUACCUCAAGGAACUUGGAUACGAAACUCACCUGGUGGGAAAGUGGCACCUCGGUUAUUACAAGGAAUCUAUCACUCCAAAUCACCGGGGCUUCGACAGUUUCUACGGCUUCUACAACGAAGGCGAGGACUACUACACUCACAACCUCAGCUACGCGAGCCACGUUGGUCAUGACUUCUGGUUAAACAGGGAGCCGCUGUUCACGGACAAGGGAACAUAUUCCACUACCCUUUACACAAGGAGGGCAGAGCACAUCAUCAGCAAGCGGAGAAGUUGUCAGCCCCUUUUUCUUGUGAUGAGCUACCAGGCAGCCCAUUCAUCAGAACAAGUACAGGCCUUCCAGGCGCCGCAGGAAAACAUUGACAAGUUUCCGUACAUAGGAGAGGUGAACAGAACAAUUUAUGCGGCGAUGGUGGACGCCUUGGACCAGUCAGUCGGCCAGGUGGUCAAGGCGUUAAAUGACGCCCACAUGCUGGAAAGCACUGUCAUCGUCUUCAGCAGCGAUAAUGGAGGCGGACCUUAUGGCAAUCACAAUUCCCGUGGAUUUAACUGGCCGCUUCGUGGAGCGAAAAGCACGCUCUGGGAAGGAGGCACCAGGGCGGCCGCUUUCGUCUGGAGUCCCCUACUUGCUCGGAGACGGAGGGUGUCCAACGAACUGAUGCACAUCACGGACUGGUUGCCCACGUUCAUCACGAUAGCAGGAGGCAACCCUGAGAAGCUUGAAUUGGAUGGAUACGAUAUGUGGCGGCAGUUGUCCUUCAGGGCGAGAUCGCCUCGAGUCGAAUUGCUCUACAACUAUGACUACAGGUUUUCGAAUGCCACGGCACUGCGGAACUCUCGGUACAAGUUGGUUUUGGACGGUACUGGCGUCUUUAACGAGCGCUACACCAUACCGGGCGGGAGAAAUCCGUGCCAGGACCUCGACAGCCUGCUCUACCAGUCAACGGUAGCCGGUGUGCUGAGGAAGUUGUAUAGGAGGAACCACUUGGCAUUCUCCAAGAACUGGAGGGAGAAGGCAACGCUUCGAUGCGGUAGAGAAAAAUCAAACUUCUCACCCGACAGCUGUGUAUACCUUUUUGAUAUUGACAACGAUCCCUGCGAGUUGAACAAUUUGGCCAGCGUACAUCCAAAUGUGGUGGCAUCUCUAAAAAAGCGGAUUGACGUAUACAGAGCAGGCGCUGUGCCUGCGCGCAACAAUCUGACCAUUGACCCGGCCAGUUUUCCCGAGAAUCACAAUGGCGUAUGGGCGCCCUGGGUGAUAUCAUAGUGACCAACCUCAGCCAUUGAUUGUGGCACAUGUACAGGUCCUACCACGUCUAAGGCGAGCAGUGAUAUCAGCAUUGCUUGGCUGUCCAGACUAUUAUGCUGCGUGGAUAUGGAAGAUCUUGAAGCGCUUUAUUAGAGUUUUUUGAUAAAUUUCUAUUGAAAAGCCAUGUUUUUCUCCACUUACAUAAUAAAAAAUAAUCAAAGGAA